AUGAGCUCAUACACACUUGACCUUUCACAGGCUCUUCAACAACAACCACACGAUCAAAUUACUCCCAGCCAAGGCCCUUCCACCAUUACUUCAACUACAGCAACAAACGAAGUGGAAGAUAUGUCAUCGCAAGAACCAACAAAGAGAAGAAAGUUGCCAAUCAUUGUUGAUGUGGCACUCGACUCUAAUGGUAAACAAUUGUACCAGAUCCAUGAAUCUUCCAAAUUGGUGAGAAAGGAGAUGCCUCGUUCAACUAACUUCAAUCUUCAUCAUGAACUAACUGCUGAGGAGCUCUCAUUUAUUCAAAAUGGUGGGGACCCAGUAGCCACAAAUGCCACUAUUAUCGGCAAUGUUAGUAACCAACUAGGAGGAGGACUAGGUGGCAAGCAACAAGAAGAUUACUAUACUCACAGCAGUGAAGAUCCCGAUGUAUCAUUCUUCAAUGAAGUAGGUGAUGCAAUUGGAGUCAAUACGGAUCUGACGACUCAAACAGGCACUGGUACUGGCACUGGCACUGGCACUGCACAGUCUCAAAUUGAUGCUAAUCUUGGUCACGCAAAUAAACUCAACCAGGAAGGGUUUUCUCGUGUGGAGGAUACUGAUAUCUGGUCGGAGGAUGUAGAGCAGGCAUUUGAAGAAGUGUUGACUUUUAUACCCAAGAAUGGAUUAAACAAAAUCAAGAUUGCUGGUCGAUCUUGUGGAAGAAAUGAGUUAAUAUCUGACUACAUUUUCACCAAAACAGGGAAAUUCAGAACAAGAAAACAAGUUUCUUCUCAUAUUCAAGUGCUUAAAAAUCUAGGCCAAAAUAAGAAGCUUAUUGAUUUGAUUAAUAAUGGUCCCGUAUUUGAAAAUGAUGAAGACCAAGCCAAGAUUUUGAAGAAAUUUGAAGCCGUGUUUUCCAAAAUCAAUCUUAGUAAAUCAUUAGGAUUCAGUAAUUCAAUGAAGAGGAAACUGGUUGGCGUUAGCAGCUUUGGCAAUAUUGGUGGUAGUCAAGCUGCCAAAUCAGUAACUAUUCAUCCUCCAGCUACCAAGAGAAGAAGAAAAAGUCACCCAUCAGAAACAACUUUACCAGAGUUGGAAAUUGGCAAUUUUUACAUGGCUAUUAACAAUUACAACUCCGAGUCAGUUCUUUUGACAAUACAGAAAGACAGCUUCAACAAGUAUGGUGUAUUGAAACAUUUGAAAUUGAAUGAUAAUGCUACAAUUUCUCAUCGAUUCCCCGGCAUGGCUGAAUUUGAAAAUUGCCCUCAUAUUCCUAUAUUGCAUAACAUGGCACGCAUCUAUUUACCUCAUGAUUUUUCACCUAAAUUGUACGAUGUGGGAUCGGGUUUUAGUUCCAAUUACAAUUUGAAAUGCAAGGACUAUUCACCAGGAUCAUCGACCAAAUUAAAAUCAAAACAGUUCAGUAUAUUCACUUGCAUUUACUCCUAUGGUCAAGAGGUUUCCAAAUUCAAUCAAACUGACGUACACUUGAAUCAAGAAUGUCGAUUCAUCACUAAUUUCUGGAAACCUUUUGUACGAUUUGUCCUUAUGGGCAAGCUGAUUCCAGAAAUAGCCACUGCAUUGAGAGGACUUUCAAUAAAACAAAUUGUUUACGAAUCAAAUCACAACAAUAACGAGUCUGCUGUGGUUCAUGAUGCAAAUGAAUUUAUGGUUUUGAAAUCAAAAGUCAACUUGGUUUUGCUUUGGGAAUUUCUGCAAGUUUAUGACGAUCCAACGCAAGCUUUUACCACAACCACGAAAAUUAUUUUGCCGGGUGGUGUUAAUAAUGAUCACUUAAUUACUGCUGAUGAAAAUAUUGUGCCACAAGUUGUCACUUAUAAUGACAACCAUGUUGAUGAUUCGCAUACGUAUCCGGGUGAUGAUGAAGGUGUUGACUAUGACGUUGCAGGCACUACAGAGGCAGAGUUGUCAGUGUCCUCUACCCGUGUGUACAAAGCGGGAAAUAUAACAGCAACAAGCAUACCCACUCCUGGACAUGAAAAUCGAAACGAUUUCACUGAUGUCACUGCUGGUACAAAUGUGAACACUACUGCUGACACAACUACCACCACCACUACGAGACCAUUCUCUAACAAGCACCCCUUAUCAAAUCCUGAUUAUGGCCCAGAGCUUCGCUACCCACCUCAUUUCGCACUUGCCAACGAUCGCCAUGUACAUCAACAAGGCAUGGAUCAUGCGUCAUUCACCGCCGCGGGCCACCCUUUGCACCAAUCGCACUAUCAUCAUCCCGAUUACGAGAUACAAAUGCAACAACAAGUGCCCGUGCAUUAUCACCAUCCAGCAGGUUACAAAUUGCAUCAGUCGGCAAAUAUGGAUCUUAUGAUGAUUCCUUCUGGUCCGGUACACCUCGAGCCAGCUAACAAUUUCCAAGAUUACCUGUAUGUAAAUCAAGGUUAUAUCCAGGGGUAUGCUAGUGAUUAUUAG